AUGUCCCUCACUCACAUGGAAUCCCUCAAGUCCCACUGCCCCUGGGCACAAAUUCCUCUAAUAGUCUCCGCACCAAUGCGUCUCAUAGCAACAUGUCCCCUUGCCACAGCCGUCACUCGAGCAGGAGGUCUAGGAUUCCUCGGCGCUGGAACAGAUGUCAGCACGCUUUCAUCCCUUCUCGAAGAAGCAACAGCCUCCUUCCAAAAGGCCCCACUUCCAAAUACACCCGACGGAAUCCUUCCAAUUGGUGUUGGAUUCAUCUGCUGGGGAGCCGAUCUUUCAGUCACCCUUUCAGUCAUCGAAGCCGCUCCACUGAAACCAGCAGCAGCAUGGCUCUUUGCUCCUCAAGAUUCGAAAGAAUUGCUUUCCUGGACGGAAGGAAUCCGGAAGGCGAGCAACGGGAAGACGAAGAUCUGGAUUCAGGUCGGAACAGUUGCCUCGAGUCUCGAUGUAGCUAAAAGCUGCAAACCAGAUGUUCUGGUCAUUCAAGGCGCGGAUGCCGGUGGUCACGGCCUUGUACAAUCCAGUUCCAUUAUUACUCUAUUGCCAGAAUGCGCGGACGCACUAUCUCAUGAGGGACAUGGGCAUAUCCCCCUUAUUGCAACGGGAGGUAUCAUGGAUGGGAGAGGUGUAGCUGCUGCAUUGACGCUGGGAGCGAGUGGUGUGUGUAUGGGAACUAGAUUCCUUGCCAGCCCAGAAGCUGUGAUCAGUAAUGGCUAUCGAAAUGCGGUCGUUCAAGCGAGUGAUGGUGGUGUGACCACUGCAAGAACAACAGUCUACGAUAAAGUCCGCGGUACCUAUGGUUGGCCAGAGAGCUACAAUGCUCGUGGAGUUCUAAACCAGAGUUUUUGGGAUAGCCAGAAAGGCAUGUCGGAGGAGGAAAAUACAAAGCUUUAUACUGAAGCAAUCAAGAUGGGGGAUGAGGGCUGGGGUGAGAAGGGAAGAAUGACCACUUAUGCAGGAACAGGCGUGGGAUUGGUUAAGAAGGUCAUGCCGGCUGGUGAGAUUGUUCAAGAGGUAUUGAAGGACUCUUUAGACAGAUUGGCCAACGUCAGGAGUCAAUUCUGA